CUCGACAACGGUCUGUGGUCAUUAUCUAGUCGGGAACGACAAAGGACACGAGUUAUUGUAGAGAUGGAAUACAUGACGGCCUGGGGUCACCGUCGAGUAGGAUUCGACAAUGGCCAGGCCGUCGCCAUCGGUCGUCGAGUCGAACACGACGGAAGGGAAGCGCCAAAGACUCCAGCCACUGUCGAGUCGGACUCGACGAUGACCUCAGGGCGUCGUCGAUUUCGUCUCGGCAUUGUCGAGUCCGACCCGACGAUGAGCCCAGGCCGUCGAGUCAAAAGCGACGGUGGACCAGCGCCAAGUCGUACGACCGACGUCGAGUCGAACUCGACAAAUGCCCGGGGCCGUUGUCGAGUCCGACUCGAUGACCACGGUCCGUUGUCGUGUUCGACUCGACAAUGGCCAUAUGACAUGCCGCUGUCGAUGUGUUGGACUCAAUGGCCCCAUGCUGACCGCUGUCGAGUUCUACUCGACGACGGCAUGCUGGCCAUUGUCGAGUACAACUCGACGAUGGCAAGCCGGCCGGAGUCGAGACAAGCUCUACGAACUCGUCCGCCGGCAAGAGCCAAGGCCUCUGGCCAUCCGUUUGAGCUUCUCGAUUGUCCGUCAUCGGCCUCGUCGCAAGGAACGCGACAAUGGAUAUCCGACUCGAUUAUGAUCGACUCAAUCACGUUCGACUCGAUCGUGUUCGACUCGAUCGAGUGGAGCACGAUCGAAUCGAGCACGAUCAUGUCGAACUCGAUCGAGUCGAACACGAUCGAGUCGAGCACGAUCGAGUCGAACACGAUCGAGUCGAACGGGAUCGAGUCGAUCAGAAUCGAGUCGGACACGAUCGAGUUGAACACGAUAAGCCGGGACUCACGAUCGAGUUGGCCUGUCACUCUCGCGCUGAACGAGAUUGUGUUGACCACGGACACGAUCACGAUCGAGUUGAACACGAUCGUGGAUGCCUCAUCACAAAGGAGAUGGAGCAUGAAACAAUCUCCGAAAAAAUCGAAGGGGACGCCGGCCGCUGGGGUUGGGAGUCUGGAGGCACCGGAGUCUAAGCUGCAACGCACCCCGGUUUCGAGGGGUGCACCUUCCACGGGCACUCCGUCGACUCGUGUUCGGGGCUCUGGACCGGAUAAGGCUGUGUUGAUGACUGGCGGGCCUGCGGGUCAGGAACGCGUGCCUGGUUCACAACAGGGGAGAUCUGCAGUGGAAAUUAUGCCCAGACGCAAACCGUCUGGAGAACGUAAACCGUCUGGCGAACGUAAACCGUCUGGUGAAACGACUGCCGCGGGUCGGCGAGACGAUGUCCCCGUGAUUGACCACAAGGACAAGUUMUGGAUGCUGGACUGGGUGGRGGAGACCGGACAACCAUCGAGUGGCCUUGUUCUAUACGUGGUCAUCAAAGAAAAUAUUGUGCCGGUUGGCGGCCUGGUGAGGUGGACUGGGCAAAAUGUGUCGUUUGCAACUUUCGAGUUGACGAUGGUCCUGAAUGGAAGAGGGGAAAGAAUACCAAACAUUAAACACGUCGCUCUUCGAUGGGCCAAACACACGGGGUUUGAAAAGUCAUUGGUUGAUGUGUUCAACCCACCAGGGACAUUGGAAGUGAAGUUGCCUAACCUCGUUGACGUCCACGGGUUUUUCGACAGUAAUGUGAUCACGGGCAGAGAGUCGGUUGUGCAUCUAGAGGACCGCAUAUCAGAGCCUAAAUGCGUCCUUUCGAGAACCGUGGAGAUAAGGCCUUCGAUCACGAUCCGUGAUACGCCGCCUGGUCCGAAAGCUGGGCAGAUAGGAGAGAAGGGUCCGUGCCGCGGACUGGUCGUACCGUCAGCCCCUAUGAAGACCAGGCCAACGACGACCAAAACACCAGUUGCCUUGGGCAGCCAAUCGCGCUAUGAUGUGGCCACCAAGGGACAUCUCCCCUUGGUGGGCCAGCAGCGCUAUGACUACACUGUGUCGGGCCGCAUAGAGGAAGUCCAUGAGUAUUUUGAAGAUGAGGAUGAAGAGAACAGCAAGGAAUAUUCGGAACGAGCAAGAGGACAGGAAUAGUAUGCUGCGGGUGUCAGCGGCAUGACAAGGCAUCCAGGAGAGACAAGUAAAGUGGUUGGACAGGA